AGACGCAACGCUGUCGAGGUCUCACUUCGUAGCCUUUCUUGGAAAACACGUCAAUUCCUUUAAAGCUCGUUUGUGUAUUGAAAAACAAUUAUUUCACCAGCACAAGUCAAGUUAUGCGUUCAGCCUGCUGCACAGAUUGUAUUCAUGACAAGAAAAAGACGCAAGCGCAAUAAGGUGUUUUUCGUUGAACGGUGACAAUAGACGAUCUUCGUAUCCUAGCGUUCUCGCCCUUUCCACGCUGUUAAACUUAGUGUAACCGAGGGUUUAUAUAUAUAUAUAUCGCCUAUACUGUAUAAUAGUACAAAAUAACAAACACGGAGGCUCCAGUUUUACACGAGGACCACUUUAUUUCCUUUCUUUUCAAAACUCCGCUCCACCACAACGUGUCACCACUUCCGCUCUCCGCGCCUUCAGAAUAAGAGCUCAUGGCAUAUACUGUAUAACAGCUUACAACAGGAACUUAACAUCACAAAGAGGAGCGACGCUCACAUGGACCUGAAAGUGCGGCGCUGACUUCCGGUGUGACUGCACGGUUAGCUCCGUUAGCAUGGAUGCUAACAUGAAGACAAUGGAGGAGUUUGCUGCGGUCUUAUCAAAUGUAACCAUGAGAGACGUGCAGGACAAGUCCAUGCAGACGGAGGAGGUGAUGCACGCCAGCACGGGUGACGGCGGCGUCAACACGGACGUGGACUGGGAGGCGCAGGUGGCGGCCAUGUUUGCGUACAGUGACGUCCUGGCCAAGGAGCACAGUGAGAUGAUGAAGUCGCGGGAACAGGACGAGGGCGAGCGAGGCGAGCGGACGCAGCAGCUGCAGAAGAAGAAGUCGCAGACCACCCGCCAGCAUCAGGUCCUGCUGGAGAAACUGGAGUCGCUGCGAGUGAAGCUGCAGCUCAACAACGCCAAGAGCAGCAAGAAGAACUUCCUGUCCAAGAAGCAGGAGAUGACGUCGGAGAGGAGCCGCGCCGAGGAGGAGAGGAGCAGGCUGGCCCAGGAGCUGCGGCAGAGCGACGCCAAGCUGGCGGCGCUGACGGAGGAGCAGCGCGAGGAGCAGCGGCGCUGGCAGGAGGAGCUGGAGGUGCUGAGGAAGGAGGUGCAGCAGGUGGCCAAGGAGACCAGGGAGGCGGAGAAGAGCGCCGGGCAGGACGAGCUCGCCGCCGUGGAGAUGCAGCGGGACGUGGCCAUGGGGCGCAUCAAGGCCUGGCUGGCCGAGGUGGCGCAGUACCUGAGCGUGCUGCAGAGGGUCUUCCCGCAGCAGUACCAGCAGGAGAAGCCCACCUGGGCCGGCAAGGAGGCGGCCGUGCGCAGGAACCAGGCCGAGCUGCAGCGCCGCUUCCAGGAGGUCCUGCAGCUGCUCCAGCAGGGCCGCGACCUGGAGUCCCUGCCCAGGAUCAACGUGGCCGCACUGCCGCACGUGCCCACGGCCGACCUCAAGUUCAGACAGAUGAUGAACUCGCUGCUUCCUGCCCCCCCACCCAGACCCAACUACUUCCAGCCCCCGCCUCACUACCACCCCCAAUACUUCCAACCGCCCCCGCACUACCUGCCGCGCCACGCCAUGCCCCCGCCACCCUACCCCCCCUACGUCAGAGCUCCUGCCAGGUUGCCGCCGCCUCCCAGCCAGUCCUUGACCACGCCCGCCUACCCGGUGGUCCCCUCGCCGCCUCCGCCGCCCUCCGGCCCCCUGGAGAAGGUGCUGGACCGGCUGGGGGCUCGCUUCCCGCAGUGCAGCAGGAACCAGCUGACGCUGCUGCUGCAGCAGGUGAAGAGCGCCCGGGGAACUCUGGCCGGGAUGUCCGUGGACCAGGUGGCCGAGCAGGUGGGCCUCAAGCUGGCCCAGGGCGACGCCUUCCCCUCCAGGCCGCCGCCGCCAGCCAGCCAGCUGUGCCUCAUGUGCCAGAACGCCGUGGACCCCGAGAGCCGCCACCCGCUGAGCUGUUCCCACGCCAUCCAUCAGGACUGCAUACGCAUCUGGCUGCAGUCUAGUCCUAACAAGUCCUGUCCUUUCUGCCCCGCCAAGUGAACCUUUGGUCUCCUUUUUCAAUCAAAUCUACUUUUGGACUGAAGUCCAACAGCUCAACUGUCUUCUUGGCGUCCAGCUCAGCUGCCCAAACCUCAAGUCACGUUUCAGUUUUGCCUCAAAAUAUCACUUUUUCAUAAAAUAUUAUAGCGUCAAUAGAUGGACUUAACUCUUUGCUGGAUUUGUCAACGUCAUUCAGUCUGUGGUUUCCCCGGGCAACACCGGAAAUGUGGCCCGUGUAAACCCAUCCGACCGGAAGUCUACCAAUACACAUACUUCUGUGGCGGAGUACAGUAGAGACACGAUGCACGUUCAUAUUGUCAACAUACACUAGCGUUCAAAAGUUUGGGGUCACAUGUAAAUGUCCUUAUUUUUGAAGGAAAAGCACUGUACUUUUCAAUGAAGAUAAUAAUAAUAAUAAUAAUGGAUUAGAUUUAUAUAGCGCUUUUCUAGACACUCAAAGCGCUUCACAGAGAAGUGAGAACCCAUCAUAACUUUAAACUAGUCUUAACUUUACAGAAAUACACUCUAUACAUUGCUAAUGUGCUAAAUGACUAUUCUAGCUGCAAAUGUCUGCUUUUUGGUGCAAUAUCUACAUAUAGGCCCAUUUCCAGCAACUAUCACUCCAGUGUUCUAAUGGUACAAUGUGUUUGCUCAUUGGCUCAGAAGGCUAAUUGAUGAUUAGAAAACCCUUGUGCAAUCAUGUUCACACAUCUGAAAACACUUUAGCUCGUUACAGAAGCUACAAAACUGACCUUUUGAGCAGAUUGAGUUUCUGGAGCAUCACAUUUGUGGGCUCAAUUAAACACUCAAAAUGGCCAGAAAAAGAGAACUUUUAUCUGAAACUCGACAGUCUAUUCUUGUUCUUAGAAAUGAAGGCUCGAACACUAAAUUGUUUGGGUGACCCCAAACUUUUGAACGGUAGUGUACUUCUGUGGCUGAGUACAGUAAAGACACGAUGCACGUUCAUAUUGUCAACACAUUAAAAAAAUGUGUUGAAGGCUCACCUCAGCUGAAGAUACUCGCUGUUGUUGUUGUUGUCUUCGAGCCACACAGUUGAUGUCUUUCUACUGUGCUAAUAAUGACAUUUCUACUGUGCUAAUAAUGACAUUUCUACUGUGCUAAUAAUGACAUUUGUCGUGCUCGUAGAGCGUGUAUUAUGUUGUUGGCCUGGCGCAUGUAAACAACACUGGAAGUGUAUUAGCUGAGGGGGCGUGGCUAAAGGAUAGAGAAAUGUGAAUUAUUUGCAUGCAUGUUUUGUCCUUUGCCAUGAUAAUAAUGUUAGUAAAUGACGUAGUACAACAAUGUGUGCUACAUGAGGUUGGUGGAAGGUCAAUAGUUGCAGGAAAUGUCGUCUUAAUUUCCCACAUUUCCUUUCUGGCCGAUAGAAAUGUUCCUCUUUUGUCCUCCAAUGGCCGCCGACACGCCUUCUUGUCCUUGUAAAGGAGAAGGAAGUUGUACAAACAUGGCAACGCUGAAAACCUCUUCCUAAAUGUGUAUUCUUUCAAAUUAGCAACAUUUAGAAUCAAAAUAAAAAUCGUGAUUUUGAUGUGAAUACAUUUUUUCGAGACGGUUGCCCUUUUGUCCGGCCCCCCCGUGCACGUGGCCGUCACCUUUAUUUUGCGGGGGGUCGCGAACGUGUCCCAGGAGGAAAUAAAAGGUGCGACCGAGACGAGGCGGGAAAAGGCACGUGGUCCACGAGGCGUGUCGGAGGUCAAUGGCUGUUUUGGAGGAGCGUCAAUUCCUGUUGUUGACGGGCCAGGAAGUGCCCCCGCCAAUUAAAAGUGAUGGACUGCGUGAAAGCAGCACAUAAAUAACAGACAUAAAAAUCCAUAGCUGUCAAAGCUCAUCUCAGACGUGUGCCCGCUAAGCCCCGCCCCCCCCCAGCCCUUAAAGGUGUGAUUCAUCAGGCUAUUCCCACAGGUGUUCAUGUAGAGAAGUCGGCCAUGCUUGUUUAGCUAAUAGUGUGGCUGCUAGCUCAUGUUGCACAUGAUGGAGGGCGGCCAUUAGGACCAGGCCCAUUAGGCCGGGCGGCCGUCAGACCUCAUCAAUCCAGUCUGCUAAGUGGACCUUUUUCACAACCUUAAACCACAUUGUGCUUUAUUAGUGCGCUCCCUCGUGACCACGCCAGCAUCUUCUCAACAUUGCUCAGCUCUGGA